GAAAAAAAAAUCGGUGUCAAUGUCCUCUGGUGCUUAGGGGUGUGGGACACCGGUUUUGACCAAAUCCAUCUAGGUCAGCGCGGGUAUUUAUCAGUUUAGUGGUUCCCUGGACUAAUCGCCACUGUCCGUCUCCUACAAACCCUAGAGACAGGAGUUUUCUGCUUUGUCCUUGCAUGCUCCAGGAUAGUCAUCGUCGUGACUCGGGCCCCGCGGGCGGGUGACAGGUCCAGCGUCUGGCUGGGUCCGCUCGCUUAUCUCUGCCGGGCAGGCGGCGCCACGCCUUCCGCUGGCGCGCGGGCACCGACCCCGAGGGAGCCGCGGCGCGGAGGAGGGGCCGCCUCCCUGCGCCCUCCACUCCCGGAGCCCGAAGCGUGCAAGGUGAAGCCGGCGUCGGUGUUGUUGGCGCUCGCCGCUCGCUGCCCGGACCGCUUGGCUGGCCGCCCGCCGCCCGUGGCCGUGAAGAUAACUCGGGGCCAGCGCCUUCCCAGACCCGCCGCUGCGCCUUUGUGGCAGUCACCUGCCGGUGCCCUGGGAACCUGAACUCCUCGUCAGGAUCUUGGCAUUGCAAAAGGCAGAAACGCUCCAGAUGUCUUCCGGUAGAUACCAAGUUUCUAUCCCAAUGUCAAAAAUAAACACCAAUGGCCUCCCGGGGACCACCUCCAAUGACCUGAAGACGUUUACUGGAGGAGCUGUGUUAAGUUUUCAUAACAUCUGCUAUCGCGUAAAACUGAAGAGUGGCUUUCUAUGUUGUCGGAAAACUGUUGAGAAAGAAAUACUAACGAAUAUCAAUGGGAUCAUGAAACCUGGCCUCAACGCCAUUCUGGGACCCACAGGGGGAGGCAAAUCUUCGUUGUUAGAUGUCUUAGCUGCAAGGAAAGAUCCACAUGGAUUAUCUGGAGAUGUUUUAAUCAACGGAGCACCUCGACCUGCCAAUUUUAAAUGUAACUCAGGUUAUGUGGUACAAGAUGAUGUCGUGAUGGGAACUCUGACAGUGAGAGAAAACUUACAGUUCUCAGCAGCUCUUCGGCUUCCAACAACUAUGACAAACCGGGAAAAAAAUGCACGGAUUAACAUGGUCAUUCAAGAGUUAGGUCUGGAUAAAGUGGCAGAUUCUAAGGUUGGAACUCAGUUUAUCCGUGGUGUGUCUGGAGGAGAAAGAAAAAGGACUAGUAUUGCCAUGGAGCUUAUUACUGAUCCAGCCAUCUUGUUCCUGGAUGAGCCCACGACUGGCUUAGACUCAAGCACAGCAAAUGCUGUCCUUUUGCUCCUGAAGAGGAUGUCUAAGCAAGGACGGACAAUCAUCUUCUCCAUUCAUCAGCCUCGCUACUCCAUCUUCAAGCUGUUUGACAGCCUCACCUUGUUGGCCUCAGGAAGACUCAUGUUCCACGGGCCUGCUCAGGAGGCCUUGGGGUACUUUGAAUCCAUCGGUUACCAUUGUGAGCCCUAUAAUAACCCUGCAGACUUCUUCCUGGAUGUCAUUAAUGGAGACUCCUCUGCUGUGGUGCUAAACAGAGAGGACAGAGAUGGUGAAGCCGAGGAGACUGAAGCGCCUGCCAAGAAAGAUACCCCACUCAUAGAUAAAUUAGCUGAGUUUUAUGUCAACUCCUCCUUCUUCAGAGAAACCAAAGUUGAGUUAGAUCAGUUCUCAGUAGGUCCGAAAAAGAAGAAGAGUCUUGCCUACAAGGAGAUCACCUAUGCUACCUCCUUUUGUCAUCAGCUCAAGUGGAUUUCCAGGCGUUCUUUCAAAAACUUACUGGGUAAUCCUCAGGCUUCUAUAGCUCAGAUCAUUGUAACAGCCAUCCUGGGACUGGUUAUAGGUGCCAUUUUCUAUGACCUGAAACAUGAUCCUACAGGAAUCCAGAACAGAGCCGGGGUGCUCUUCUUCUUGACAACCAACCAGUGUUUCAGCAGUGUGUCGGCCGUGGAGCUCCUGGUGGUCGAGAAGAAGCUCUUCAUACAUGAAUAUAUCAGUGGAUACUACAGAGUGUCAUCUUAUUUCUUUGGAAAACUGUUGUCUGAUUUUCUACCUAUGAGGAUGUUGCCAAGCAUCAUAUUUACUUGUAUAACGUACUUCAUGUUAGGACUGAAACCAGUGGUGGAGGCCUUCUUCAUCAUGAUGUUUACCCUGAUGAUGGUGGCGUAUGCGGCCAGUUCUAUGGCACUGGCCAUAGCAGCAGGUCAGAGCGUGGUCUCCGUAGCAACACUUCUCAUGACCAUCUGUUUUGUGUUUAUGAUGAUAUUUUCAGGGCUGUUGGUGAAUCUCAGAACCAUUGCACCUUGGCUCUCGUGGCUUCAGUACUUCAGCAUUCCUCGAUAUGGCUAUACGGCUUUGCAGCACAAUGAAUUUCUGGGACAAAACUUCUGCCCAGGACUCAAUGUAACAGCAAACAGUAGCUGUAGCUUUGCGACAUGUACUGGCGAAGAAUUUUUGGCAAACCAGGGCAUCGAUCUCUCACCUUGGGGCCUGUGGAAGAAUCACGUAGCCUUGGCUUGCAUGAUUGUUAUCUUCCUUACAAUUGCCUACCUAAAAUUGUUACUUCUAAAAAAAUUUUCUUAAAUUCCUCUUUGAUUUACACAAUUUACCCCACAUUAAAAAGGGAGCACCUUGACUUCAGUAUUCAGUGAA